AGACUAUAACCAUACGCAUGAGGGCUUUAAGCUGGCAUACACAGACAUGGCAAGAAAGCAUCCGUGCUUUGGGUUUGCUGAAAAGAUUCCCAACAUCAUAUGGUGGAAGACUUGUGUGAGAGAUUCCUUUAUCAGGGCAGGAUAUGAUUACGAUGAGGAGACAUUUGAGAAGGUGUUCAAACGCAUAUAUGCAAGCUUUGGUUCUUCUGCACCUUAUACCAUCUUUCCAGAUUCCCAGCCGUUCCUUAGAUGGGUUCGUAAAAAGGGUCUAACAGUUGGUAUUGUUAGCAAUGCUGAGUAUCGGUAUAAGGAUGUAAUUCUUCCGGCCUUGGGACUAAAUCAGGGAUCUGAGUGGGACUUUGGUGUGUUCUCCGGUCUCGAAGGAGUACAGAAGCCUGACCCAAGAAUAUAUGAGAUUGCCUUGCAAAGGGCUGGAAAUAUUGCCCCAGAAGAAGUUCUCCACAUUGGUGACAGCUUCCGUAAAGACUAUUUGCCAGCAAAAAGCAUAGGGAUGCACGCGCUAUUGUUGGAUAGGUUUAAGACGCACGAUGCUGAAAACUGGAGGAAAUCUGGUGCUACUGUCCUCCCUGAUCUGGUAGCUGCUCAAGAGUGGCUCAUUGCCGAGAAAUUGAGUUAUUGACUUCCUAAGUUAACUUGUAUACACAUUGAUUAUGGUAGAAGAUUGUAUAUCACUUGGCUCUUCAUAAUCUCCCUAUAGACUCUGCACUGAAAUGAUUUGUUUUUUUCAAAUGAGAAAUCAGGGAAGUUAUAAGAGAAAUGAAAG